AGCGGCGAUCUGCUCUCUCCGUCUGACGCUGCUGCCCUAAUCUGCCUUUCAGAUCGGUUGUACUUCGCUACUUUACGAAAUAAACCGAAAAGUACGGUAAACACCCACUACUUCUGUACUGACGAGGAACUGGUCUAUGAAAAUUUCUAUGGAGAUUUUGGACCUUUAAAUUUGGCAAUGUUAUACAGAUACUGCUGUAAACUAAAUAAGAAAUUAAAGUAUUUCAGCCUAUCAAGAAAGAAGAUAGUCUACUAUACCAGUUUUGACCAGCGGAAACGAGCAAAUGCAGCAUUUUUAAUAGGUGCAUAUGCUGUAAUAUACUUGAAGAAAACACCAGAAGAAGCUUACAGAACACUUUUGUCUGGAUCAAAUCCACCAUAUCUUCCAUUUAGGGAUGCUUCAUUUGGGAACUGCACGUACAAUCUUACGAUCUUGGACUGUUUACAGGGAAUAAAUAAGGCCUUGCAGCAUGGAUUUUUUGACUUUAAGACAUUUGAUGUGGAUGAAUAUGAACACUAUGAGCGAGUGGAAAAUGGUGAUUUCAACUGGAUUGUUCCAGGAAAAUUUUUGGCAUUUAGUGGACCACACCCAAAAAGCAAAUUUGAAAAUGGUUAUCCUCUUCAUGCACCUGAAGCUUACUUUCCCUAUUUCAAGAAACAUAAUGUCACAUCAAUCAUAAGACUGAACAAAAAAAUUUAUGAGGCAAAACGCUUUACUGAUGCUGGUUUUGAGCAUUAUGACCUGUUCUUCAUAGAUGGAAGCACACCAAGCGACAGUAUAGUUCAGAGGUUCCUGAACAUCUGUGAAAAUGCUGAUGGUGCUAUUGCUGUACAUUGUAAAGCUGGCCUGGGGAGAACAGGAACAUUAAUUGCCUGUUACAUAAUGAAACACUACAAGUUCACACAUGCUGAAGCCAUUGCUUGGAUAAGAAUAUGUCGACCAGGCUCUAUUAUAGGACCCCAGCAACACUUCUUGGAAGAGAAGCAAGCAAUGUUAUGGCUGGAGGGAGAUCUCAUCCAAUCAAAGCAGAAACGACGAGUAGUUGAUGGAAACAUUAACAGAGUUCUUUGUGGCUUGAAUGACAUUUCAAUCAGUGACAGCUUGAAUAAAAUACAAGACUUGGAUCAGUACAGGGAGAAUGAUUUUGAAGACAAAACAGGUGUGGAAGCUCAGAAUGGCAUGACGCAGGGAGAUAAGCUUAAUGCCUUAAAAGGUCGGAGACGGCCAUGUUCUGCUACAACUGGAGCUCUGAGGCUGCAAGACAUGAAACUGCACACGAGGUCAAUAUCACAACCUUUCAGACUGAAUACUUCAGGUAGCACAGAAGGAUCCAUGUCUCCUCUGAAGGCCUCCAAAGUGAUGGCAGUUAAUUCACCAUCUGCAGAAAGAAUAAGCAGAAUUCCCACAUCCUCAGGCUCUAACCUUAAAAGUGUUUCCAUAAGCUCCAGACUAGCCAGUUCUCUAGGGAACCUGUAUGCUGCUUCAGAUGAUGAUGAGAGCAAAAUGACAUCAUCGUCCUCUAGGACAGGUUUUUCUGUAAGCCAAAUCUCCAGCAACUUGAAUGGCAGCUUGCAGCUGCCUCGCAGAAAUAACCAUGAACUGAACAACAACUUAUACAACAGAAACAGCACUAGUGGCAACAACCUGAGCAGCCAAACCAGUUUUCACAGCGCCACGACAGAUGAGUACGCUCAACCUUCCUUUACGGGCCUUACAACUCCUCCAGCACAAUACCAGACUCAAUCAAUUCCUUCCCUUCAGUCUGAGUAUGUUCAGUAG